GGCCGAGCGGAAGUCCGUUUUAGUCUAACAUGAUUCUACGUGGGGUGUGGCAGCCUGACAGAGCAGCGACGGACUCGAGAAGGAGGGGGCAUGGGGAGGGCAGGGCAAAGCAGGGUGGUGGACCUGGAUUUGUUUGUUCCGGCACAAUGAGAAGUUUAUCAUCGAAGGGCGCCCUAGUAGCAACGCAGCAACACACGCUUUGUACUUUUCUAAAACAUUUAGGCUGCACAUCUUUGUUGCAACUGCGCUCGAAAACGCAUCUUUGUCGACACUGUUCCAGAAGUUCUUUGGAACCCAACGUCUAUACAUAGAGUUCAGCAAGGGGCAUCUCGUUAAUCGUUGGUGGCGCGAACAUCAACAGGUGACGUGCAGCCCCGAACACCACGAUGCGCUCGAUUGAGCGUAAGGUACAUAUCGAAGGACGAUCCGCACCGCACACGGCAACAGAUGAUGUUGUGCGUGGCCAACAGCCGCAAGAUCCGAAGUCGUCAUCGCCGUCUCCCUUGCCAACAAUACGGAUACAACAGGCCACAAUUUCCACGUCGCAGCAAUUCACAGUACCUGCGGACACGAUAUCGACAAGCAAUCCGACAAUGCCAGCGAAAAUAACCAAACCCGCGGCGCCUUCACAGGAGAGACACAGUCUCCCAGCGAAAUCGAUAGCCGGACUUGCGAUGAUCCCCGUAGCCGUGCUGCUCAUCGCGGUGGCGAUAUUCACAUAUCUCUGGCUGCGCAAGCGUCGCAGACGAGCUCCCAUCAUCUGCCACCUCGGUUCCACGCCUCCACCAGCAGUACCAGAAAAGGACUUCUGCUCGCCAACCAGCUCGUUCGACUCCACUGCCAGCGGCGGAAAGGUGCGCAGCAUGAACGCCAUGAGCACACCAGUCGUGCAUACGGGCUGGAUUGCAUCGCCGCGCUCGCAGGCACGACCCUCGAACAACUCUACGGUCCAUCACAAUCCUUGGAACGAUCAGCUUCCUAAGGUCUCGGCGGAUAUCACGAGUGCUGGUCUUCAAGUUCCUAGGGGAGCGGAUGUAGGAGAUGAUAGCCCUAUUGAUCGAAGCAGCCCGUUCAGGCUGAAGACGGGCGAUACGAAGAGGAGCAGUUUGGAUCCGGAUGUUAUGAGUGCUUGGCCUGCGCCGCCGCAGCCAGCAGUACAGCCGGCACCGUUGCAAUCAUCACGUACUGGAAAGACGUAUAUGGAGCGGAGGUCCAUCAGCGCGGAGUACUUUGCGCAGGAGAGGGACAGCCGUGAUGCGCGCGGGGCGCAAGAGUACUGGGAGGAUGUUAGGCUUGAGCUGGGACCUGAUCCGGGGCCAACGGUCAGAUCGCACUGAACGAACAGACUGCGACUGUAGAACAGGAUAGAUAGCAUGAUUAGCGCGGCGUUUGCACGUUUCAAUAUACCCCUGGGAGGCAGGUUCAUGGAUAGACUCUUCCACUUCAUGUAUUGCGUCUGUGGAUAUGUUAACGACUGAAUGUAAACUAAUGACUGGUCCGACACACCCUCUGAAGUUC